CCAAAGCUCUGCGUCCACAACCGCAGUCGCCUUUUACGCACCAGCGAGUGGAGAUUAGUGUUGGAGACUCGCUCUCCUUUCGCCUACCUUGCUCAUAUUAUUUCCUAAUAUUUGGACUUAUCCUCACUCAAAAUUCUUGGAGCUACUCAUUCGGUUGGACUGGACUAUAAGCUGCGGGCAAACGUCGUGCGCAACGAAGAGAUGAGAAUUUUAUCCUGAAACCACAUAUUGCUAAAUGCUGCUUUAGAGUGAAGACGUGCGAGGCACCAGCCUACACAUGGAGUCCAGGGUUCCCCACCACAUCCCCGGAGUGUCCUCAUCCCUCAUAUCCCAGCCCUUGCUGGACAGUCGGGUGCCCUACGGCCGCCUGCAGCACCCCCUCACCAUCUACCCCAUCGACCAGAUAAAGUCUUCACAUGUGGAGAACGACUACAUUGACAGCCCAGCCGUCGUUUCCCAGCAGCCCCCAAGCCAGAAGUCUGUAAACCGAAGAAUCACCUGGCUUGGUCAGAAUCAGGAGGCCUUCCUGGGGGCAAACCAGAACCAUCAUCACAAUCACCAGCACCACCAGCAGGGCAGGUGCGAACCCCAUCCUCACCAGGACACCACAACCCACCCUUGGAUUUCCUUCAGUGGAAGGCCCAGCUCUAUCAGCAGCAGCAGCAGCACCUCGUCUGAUCAGAGGCUGCUGGACCAUGCUGCACCCACCCCAACGGUGGACCACCACCCCAACCUGCACCCCCACCAGGGCCCCUUCAGCACCGUUACUACUCGAACUCCAGGCUGCUUCACUUCCUCCGAAUCUAAAGUCAUCACCUCCUCUUCCUCUGCUUCCUCCUGCUCCUCCUCCAAAUCGCUGGACCUCAAGUCUGCAAAGGUGCCUGCAGGAGGCGUGUGCUCCACCGGUGGCCAGCAGGGGUUGGCGCUGAUCCCUUCCUCCCCGACUGAGAAGAAGCACCUCCUUCUCUGUGAGCACUGCGGGAAGUGCCGCUGCACGGAGUGUACACUCCCCCGAACCCUACCCUCUUGCUGGGUCUGCAACCAGGAGUGCCUGUGCUCUGCUCAGAGUCUGGUGGAUACAGCCACCUGCAUGUGCCUGGUCAAAGGGAUCUUCUACCACUGUACUGAGGAUGAGGAUGAUGAGGGCUCCUGCGCUGACAAGCCCUGCUCGUGCUCCCAGGCCAACUGUUGCGCACGCUGGUCCUUCAUGGCAGCCCUUUCCCUUGUCCUGCCUUGCCUGGUCUGCUAUCUGCCAGCUAUGGGCCUGGCUAAACUGGGACAGAAGUGUUACGACAAUGUUAGCAGGCCUGGCUGCCGCUGCAAGAACUUGCAGAAUGGCAUGAGUGUCCCUGUGUGUAAAAAUGGAGGCGUGGAAGCAAAAGUUGGGACACUAGAGAAGCAGCAGCAGGGGUCAUGAUACUGGACCAAACUGGCCGGCAGUGGCCUUGCUAAAAAAAAAAAUGGACAGGACCACACAGUACUUGCUCGCUCUCUGUGGACAGGACAAUCCAACACCAACCCCUUAAACUACCCCAUUAAUCUGCUGGAAGAUGACUUAUGUAAAACAAAGGUACUUAAAUGGCUUUUUGACCUAUGUUUGAUAGGGUGGUGAACAAAACGGGCCAGAUCCGAGAAAGUUGGCUAGUAUGAAUAGCUAACAGGCCCUUUGAGAUGUUUUUUUUUUUGUUGAUGUUUUUUUUGUAAGAGUGACACAAGAAGAAGAGACUAGAUUGUGGGACUGGUGUUUGUGUUGUUGUGCAAAGAUGGCUGAAGGCACAAAGUCAUUGUACCUCUCUGCUGCUCUGUAUUUCUCAGCUAAUUUUGUAACGGUAACUAACCCUACGCUGGUUUCUGAUCCUUGGAUUACAUAGAAGUUAUAUGAUGGAGAUAAAUAUCUGUGCAACCCUUCCUAUCCCCAAAAGCACAGCCCCGUGUCCCCCUGUCUGGACAAACAUGAAAACAAGUGAUUACCUAUACUGUGGCUUUAGGAUAGGUCACUGCAAGAGUGAAACCACCACUUACUCACUCACUCUCUCUGCUAUUAUGAUGAUCACCAUCUCUUAGUGUCGCCAUUUUUCCUCUUAUACCUUAAAGAUGCUGGCUUGGUAUUGCUAACAUUUUAUCUCUAAGUUUUUAUCUCCACGGAGGAGCUGUAAAAACAAACCUUUUGAGACUUAAAAAUAAUAGUAAUUUCCCAUAAUUCUCACUCUGUAUUGUGUGCAAGCAGUUGUACUGCAAGUGAGAGAGAGAUAAUCACUUUACAGUGUGUUUCCUGUUUUGGGGGGUGAAGCCCAGACAUUCUUAAAGACUUUGAAUGCCGUUCACCAAUCACCUCAGAGGUAAUGCAUGUCAUGACCUGCAUGCUCUAGUGUAAUGGUUACCCACCGUGCUAGAAGUUGAUGUGUCGUAGAGAAAUGUGUAAAAAAAAAAAGUACACCCAACCUUCUCAGGGACUGUUACAGUAAUCCUCCCUAGAACUUGGCCUACAGCAUGUUGAUUUCUAAACUGCCUAAGAGCCUGGUCUGCUUCCCCUUUGCACAUGAAGGCAAAGAAACAUUUAGGGGCAAAAAGGCAAUAGUGAAUUAUUUAAAAACAAGUAAGCUAAGUGAGAGACAAACUGGCCAGAAAAUAAUGUUUCCGGAGGAGAGGGGAUGCAAGUGAUAGAGAGUGAAGAGGGGGAGAGAAGGCAUAGCAAAGUUGUUGUUGUUGUGUUUGUAUCUAGUCAGCCUUUGUCGAAAUCAAACCUGCCACUUGCACAACCUUUUUAGGAAGAAGUAAACCCCUUAAAGGAUGUACUAAAGCACAGUAUUAACCACCUCAGCUAUCUCACAUUACACAUUGGUGUGCACCACAUUUAGCCCCCCCAACCCACCCCCACACACACAGUGUCUUCAUCAAAUUCUAAUCAUUAUGCUGCAUUGCUGUGUUAGAUAGUCUAUCUUUUAUUCUUAAAGUCUAUUUUUGUGGCUUGCAUGACAUUCUUAGGACUUUGCCAAAGGAAGCUAGCAUACAGUAGCAUGUUUUCGCUGUCUGAGUGAUCACAGUUGUUAUGCACUCUUGCCAAAUGGAGUUGACGGCAGUUGGUUCUUAAAGGCAUUCUGCCCUUUAAUACAGAUGGCCUUUUCUGUUUGGCAUAAAGGCAUACUGUCUUUGUUGCUCUGUAACACACACCUCUCUUCAUGUCAGACCCUUAACUUCCAUUAGGGUGCCUAACUUUGCUCAUACCUGUAUUUGUCUUGUUGCACAAAGCCGAUAUCACACAGGAAACAAAAAAAGGAAAGGAAAAAAAAAACACUCUCCUUAGUCUUGAAUGUAUGAGGCAAUAUUUUCAAAACCUAGCAAUUCAGUCUGAGAGAAAGGUGCCAAAACUGAGAAUGAUUGUGUGACUGGGCAAAGGCCUAGUACACCUAGGUGGGCAGCAAAAAUCACAAAUGUUUUGACAAUAUAUUUAGUAAUAGAGCUAUGCAGGUGAAAUGUUAUUUGCUGUAAAUAGUUUCACAACAUUUGUGUUCUUUAGAAGAGACUUUUAAAUGUCCUUGAAAGAUUGCAUGGUACAUUAUAACUACAAUUCAGUACAAAAUAUAUAGAGAAUAUAUUAGAUAUAUAUUUUGAGGGUAAGAUAAAGAUGUUUUUGAGGUUGUGAGAAAAAGAAAAGAGGGAGGGUGGUGAGAGGAAGGAUUGGGAAGGGGUAACAAAAAUGACAGGUCUUUCUAUCACUAGCACUUGAUUUAGAAAAGUGUGCCCGGCAAUAAAAAAAAAAAAGAAAAAGAAAAAAAAACUCCUGCUGUUUAUGCUAUCCAUGGCUCAUUAGCAGUCGAGAGGCUAAGCUAAUUCCCUGGUUCCUCUCCGAGUCCUAAAGACUGUGGACUCAUUGAAUCCACACAGGGAACACAAUCUACCCCUAUCCGGAUCAACCCAUUUCCUGCUGUUACUGCUCAGUGUCUCAGCUCUCUCCCCUCUUUUUCUCUUUUUUACUCCCCCACCCAACCCCUUCCCCUUGUCCCCCUUCUUCCCUCCUUCCUCCCUGAGAAAUUGUCCAACAAACACCCCUGGCCUUGAUUGACAAACACAGCUGCUGUACAUAAACUUGUCAUACCACAGAGACGGGAGAGAAAGACAAGUCUGUCUCUCUUUCGCUCCCUUUCUCGCCGUUUUCCGCCUGUCUUUGUUUUUCUCUCAAGUUGUGUUCAGUGCCAUCUUUUUAACCAGUGGACCUCUUUUUUCAAACAGAUGUUGCCUUUCUUUUCUUUAAUUCCUCAGCUCUGUCACUGCAACAGUGAUGUUUUUCACUUCACAUUAGCUUUACACUUUCACAUGUGCUCGCUAGCCUGUUCAAGGUGUGGAAUAAUCACCAACAACGACAACUCAAUGAUAAAAAUCUUUCAGUUCUUUUCCUUUUUUUCCCCUUUUGCUAUAAUGCUGUGAUUUUUACACACUCAUACCCCUUUGUGUCGCUCAUUUGCAGGCACAGAUGUUUGGGUUUUUUUUUAAGUUUCACCCCAAGCAAGAGGAAAAGUCUCAUAUAGCUGGGUGAUGCUACUCCAUUCCGUUAUGCCUUUGCAAUGUCUAUGUUGGGGAUUAAGAAACGAUCUGUGCUUUUGUUUUGUUUAGAUAUAACAAAAGAAAAAAAAUCUCUCAUAUAAAAGGUUCCCUUUAUAGAUAUAUUUAUUUUGAAGUUCUAU